AUGAUUAGACGCUGGAAAGUUGUCGAGAUUUUGCCGAGCCAGAAGCGCGGCAAAAUCUCGGCGAAUGGAUCGCAGAGUCCAAAGCAAACAAAAACGCGCCGGUUUCUCAGCACACGCAGGGAAACGCCAGCCACCCCAGUCUUCUUGAAUAUCUACGAUGUUGCGGCCGACGCACAGUGGCUCAACAGCGUGUUUGCCAACUACUACGCACCGGUGAGGUUCGGCGGCGCCUUCCACGUGGGGCUACAAGUAGGCAGUGAGGA